UCCUUCUGUUUCCCUCGGGCCUCGCGUAGGAGGCGCUUCCGCGGCGCCGAGUCCGACCGCUCUCCUGGGGCCAGUGCUGCGAGACGAGGGAGCGGCGGCAUCUUCAGAGUUAUCUACAUUUUUCCAGGAACCGCAGAAAAUGAACAAAUCCCAGAUUGAAGAGAAAUUCCAGGGAUCAGUAUCAUUUAUGGAUGUGACUGUGGGCUUCACCCAGGAGGAGUGGCAGCACCUAGACUCAACUCAGAGGUCCCUGUAUAGAGAUGUGAUGCUGGAGAACUACAACAACCUCGUCUCAGUGGGGUAUUGUGUUACCAAACCAGAAGUGAUCUUCAGGCUGGAGCAAGGAGAGGAGCCAUGGAUAUUAGAGGAAGAAUUCCCAAGCCAGACGUUCCCAGAAGUCUGGAAAACUGAUCACAUGAAAGAAAUGAGCCAAGAAAACCAGCCUAAACAUGUGUGGGAAGUUGUAUUCAUCAACAACAAAUUGCUGUCUAAAGAACAAGGUAAUGUAGUAGGAAAACCAUUUAACUUGGACACAAAUUCUUUUCCUUCCAGAAAAAUACUAUGUCAGUGUGACUCGUGUGGGAUGAGUUUCAACUGUAUUUCAGAAUUGGUUAUCAAUAAGAAAAACUAUUUAGGAAAGAAGACAGAUGAAUGUAAUGCCUGUGGAAAAUUGCUGCUCAAUAUUAAACAUGAGAAAACUCAUCCUAGAGAGAAAAGUGAAUUUUUAAAAAAUUGGAAGACUUUCAGUCAUAAUGAGGACCCUGUUCAGGAUGAGAAGAUACAAACCUUAGAGCAAAAUUUUGAGUAUAACAUACAUCAUGAAACCUUCCUUGGAAAGACAGUAUACAAUACACACAAGAGAGAGAUCACAGAAGGGACUGACUGUGGAUAUAAUGAAUACAAGAGAACUUUCUGUGAUAACUCAUCCUUCUUGUUCCAUGAGAUAACCCCCUCGAAGGAAGAUCACUAUGGAUUUAGUGAUUGUGGGAAAUCUGUGUGUGUGAGGUCUACCCUUUUGAAACAUCAUGGAGCACAUAUGAAACACUAUGAAUGUAAUGAAAGUGGGAAUAAUUUCAGGGGGAAGUUAUACCUCUCACAACUUCAUAAAACUCAUAAAGGAGAGAAACACUUUGAAUGUAAUGAAUGUGGGAAAGCUUUUUGGGAAAAGUCACACCUCACUCGACAUCAGAGGAUACACACAGGAGAGAAGCGCUUUCAAUGUAAUGAAUGUGGAAAAACUUUCUGGGAGAAGUCAAACCUCACUAAACAUCAGAGAUCACACACAGGGGAAAAACCCUUUGAAUGCAGUGAGUGUGGGAAAGCCUUCAGCCACAAGUCAGCCCUCACAUUACACCAGAGAACACAUACAGGUGAGAAACCCUAUCAAUGUAAUGCAUGUGGGAAAACUUUUUACCAGAAGUCAGACCUCACUAAACAUCAGAGAACACACACAGGACUGAAGCCCUAUGAAUGUUAUGAAUGUGGGAAAUCCUUCUGUAUGAAUUCACACCUUACAGUACAUCAGAGAACUCAUACAGGUGAGAAACCCUUUGAAUGUCCUGAGUGUAGGAAAUCUUUCUGUCAGAAGUCGCAUCUUACACAACAUCAGAGAACUCACAUAGGGGAUAAACCCUAUGAGUGUAAUGCAUGUGGGAAAACUUUCUACCACAAGUCAGUACUCACCAGGCAUCAGAUAAUUCAUACAGGGUUGAAACCUUAUGAAUGUUACGAGUGUGGGAAAACUUUCUGCUUGAAGUCUGAUCUCACAGUACAUCAGAGAACUCACACAGGGGAGAAACCCUUUGCAUGUCCUGAAUGCGGAAAAUUCUUCAGCCAUAAGUCAACCCUCUCUCAACAUUAUAGAACACAUACAGGGGAGAAACCCUAUGAAUGUCAUGAAUGUGGGAAAAUCUUCUAUAAUAAAUCCUACCUAACUAAACAUAAUAGAACACAUACAGGGGAGAAACCCUAUGAAUGCAAUGAAUGUGGGAAAACCUUCUGCCAGAAGUCACAACUCACUCAGCACCAGAGAAUUCACAUAGGGGAGAAACCCUAUGAAUGUAAUGAAUGUGGAAAGGCGUUCUGCCAUAAGUCAGCUCUAAUUGUACACCAGAGAACUCAUACAGAAGAAAAGCCCUACAAAUGUAAUGAAUGUGGAAAAUCUUUCUGCGUGAAGUCGGGACUUAUUUUACAUCAGAGAAAACACACAGGGGAAAAACCCUAUGAAUGUAAUGAAUGUGGGAAAUCCUUCAGUCACAAAUCAUCCCUCACAGUGCAUCACAGGGCUCACACAGGAGAGAAAUCUUGUCAAUGUAAUGAAUGUGGGAAAAUUUUUUACCGUAAAUCAGACCUUGCUAAACAUCAGAGAUCACACACAGGGGAGAAGCCCUAUGAAUGUAACAUGUGUGGAAAAACCUUCUCUCAGAAGUCAAACCUCAUUGUACAUCAGAGGACGCACACAGGAGAGAAUCUUAUGAUUGAAGUGAAUAUUAGAAAUGUUGAGCCACAGUUCAGCACCCACUACACUUUAGAGAAUUCACACUGUGGAGAAAGCUGUAUUGACACUUGAACGUUCAGUAACCUUCAUCCACAAACUGGCCUUAUAUUACUCCAAACUAAUGAUAACGGGACAAAUCCAUGAACUACAACAAAUAUAGGAAGUCUUGUUAAGAAGUAACGUUUCAUUGGGUGUCACGUAGCUAAUACUAGUAUAAAACCUUACAGAUUUUUUGAUUUUGUAAAAGUUUCUAGCAAAAAAUACAAGCUAGGUUAUGUCACAAUUUAUACUGAGAAGAAAUCUGUCAAUUUGAGACAUGUAGCUUGAAGAUUUUCUUUAGAAGUAAUGUAACAUUACAAGUUGUGUUUUGGUUUUGAUGCCAUAGUUACUUUUAGGAAACAUAAGAAAGUGUAAUUUAUAGAUGUGUAUUGUGCAAUGUAAAGCUUUAAAAACUAAAAGAAAAAAUAGUAAAAUGCAAAAUUAGACUCAGAAUAAAUUACAGUAAUAGUACAUAGAAUUCUCAUAUGCUCCUCACCAAGCUUCCCCUAAUAAUUAUAUGAUACAUAAGCAUAAUGUGUUCUCAAAUACAAGAAAUUGAUGAUACCUUACUACUAAGUCAGAUACAGACCUUAUUCAGAUUUCACCAGUUUUUACAUGCACUCUGUGUUUAUGUGUGUAUUUCUGUGAAAUUUUAUCAUUUGUAGAUUAGAGUAAUCAUCAACAUAAUCAGGUAACAAAAUCAAAAAGGAAUCUGGAAUCUAUAUUGCAUGAAGGUUACAAAGGAAUCAGGGUUUCAACACAAGACAUUCCUUGUGUUAAUAAUCACACCCUUUCUGCCACCCUAAUCCUGGCAAUCAUUUGAAUAUGAAGCUUUUUAAAAGCAGAGAUAAAUUGAAUAAUCAGGGCCGUAGCAUUGAAUGCAUAAGUGAAAUAUCCCUUAAGUUCACAGGACUUAUUUGUGUACAAAUGGUAUGUUAUAUAAACUGUAUGUGUUUCAUAUGCAUAAUGGAACUUAUUAUAAUUGUGAAUAGAAAAUAAAUACUCCUAGUUGAGCAGUUGUUACAAUGUCAUACACAUCUCUCAUGUCUGAAGGGCCUGGAGCAAUAGUUUAAAAGGAUGUCCACAAAACUAACAUCUAACCAUUUAAAACUUAUAAAUCAAAAGAACAAAAUGUUAAAUAAAAUGUAUUCUGUGCAUGGGAAUAUCUAGGCCCUAGUCCCAUUGCCCCCUUUCUCUUUUCACCCAUGGUUCAUCCCAAACCAUGAGUUGCCUUGAGUGUAUGUAUGUGAAUACUCUAGCCUUCAGCCUAAAUUUUUUCCAAACCCUCUGAAAGCUACUGCCCUCCAAGGCAGGGUCCAGGAAAGAAGCCUCAGACAGACUAGAUGACGCCCAGGGCUGUAAACUGGGCUGUAAAUUCAGGGGUCCGACAUACGCAGAGGGGCAUCUGGGUCCUUAAUUACUUUUGACUAUAUGAGAAGGAGAAUUGAGGCUGGAGCAGGACCAGAGUAGAGCUAGAGUGGGGCUUUUAUUGGCAGUGUAAAGGUGGUAUACUAAAUCACAUGAUCAGAUUACAUAAAUAAUUAGGUUACACAUAAUCUAAGAUUACACAAUCUAAUAAUCUUAGUUUACACAAGUAGUGUAAGCUUCUAUCUUAGAAAACUAGAAAAAGAGGAGCAAAUUAAAUCCAAAGUAAGCAAAACAAAAAGAAUAGUAAGAAUUGGGGUGAAAAUCAAUGAAAUUGAAAACGGAAAACAAAUGGAGAAAAUCAAUAAAACCAAAAGCUGGUUCUUUGAAAAGGUCAAUAAAAUCAGUAAACUUCUAGCCAGGUUAACUAAGAAAAAGAGGGGGCAGAAACUGCUAGUAUCAGAAAUGAAAGAGAGCCACCACUACUGAUCUCAUGGACAUCAAAAGGAUUAUAAAGGAAUAUUAUGGACAACUCUCUACCAACAAAUUUGGUAACCUAGAUGAAAUGAACCAAUUCCCUGAAAUACACAAUCUGCCAAAACCUGCAGAAGGAUAAAUCUGAAUAGACAUAUAUCAAAGAAAUUGAAUCAAUGCUUAAUCUUCCAAAUCAGAAAGCACUAGGCCAGAUGUGUUGACUGGUGAAUUCUACCAAACAUUUAAGGAAGAAAUGAUAACAAUCCUCUACAAUCUCUUCCAGAAAGUAAAAGCAGAGAGAAUACUUCUAUCUCAUUCUAUGAGGCCAUCAUUACCCUAGUAGCAAAAAGGGGCAAAGACAUUACAAGAAAGGAAAACUACAGACCAAUAUCUCUCAGAACAUAGAUGUAGAAAUCCUCAAGAAAAUAUUAGUAAAUUGAAUCCAACAAUGUAUAAAAAGAAUUAUACGCUGUGACCAGGUGGUACUUAUUCCAAGUAUGGUUCAACAUCCGAUAACCAGUUAACGUAACCUAUCACAUCAACAGGCUAGAGAAGAAAUAUCAUGAUCAUAUCAAUAAAUGCCGGAAAGCAUUUCAGAAUAUCUUAACACCGAUUCAUGAUAAAAAAAAGUUUCUGCAAACUAGAAACUUCAUUAACUUGGUAAAGAACAUCUACAGAAAACCUACAGCUAGCAUCAUACUUAAUGGUGAGAAACUAGUAAGAUAAGGAGAUCCUCUUUCACCACUUCUUUUCAGCAUCCUUCUGGAAGUCCUAGCUAAUGCAGUAAGACAAGUAAAGGAAAUAAAAGUUAUACAGAUUUGGGAGGAAGAGAGAGAACUCUGUGUUCACAGAUAACAUAUUGUCUGUGUAGAAAAUUCCAAAGAAUCAAUAAAAAAAGCCCUCCUGACAUUAGUAAGCAAUUAUAGCAGGGUUACAGGAUACGAUGGUUGGGCGGGUGAUAAAAAGAAAUGAGCUAUCAAAUAACAAAAGAUAUUGCUAAAAGAAAGAAGCCACUCUGAAAGUGCUUUAUACCCUAUGAUUCCAAGUGUAAUGCAUUCUGAUAAAGGCGAAACUGUGGAGACAGUAAAAAGAUCAGUGGUUGCCAGGGGUUCAGAGCGAGGGAGGGAGGGAGGAAUUAAUAGGUGGAUUACAGGAUUUUUAGGGCAAUGAAACUGUUCUGUAGGAUACUGUAAUGGUGAAUAUGUGUCAUUAUUCAUUUGUCAAAACCCACAAAAUGUAAAACACAAAGGGUAAACCCAAAUGUAAACUAUGGACUUGAGUUAAUAAUAAUUUAUCGCUAUUGGCUCAUCAGUUGUAACAAGUAUACCACGUUAAUGCAAGAUGUUAACCAUAGCAGAAAUUAUGGAGGCAGGUAGAGGUGAAGGGGGUGCAUAGAACUCUCUGUACUUUUUGCUCAAUUUUUCUGUAACCCUGAAACUACUCUAAAAAAUAAAGUGUGUUAAAUAACCCUUCC